CGGAGGGGUGGCGGGGGGCACACGGAGCCGCCGUCCCGGAGCCCCCGCGGUGCCGAGGGCGGUACCGGACACCGGGAGCGGGGCGGCGGCUCCGCCUCUUCCUGCGGAGCGCGGCAGCGAUGCCCCUGGAGCCCCUGGUGUGUGCCCACACGGCCACGCGCGUGAGCUCCGUGCUGAACCGCGACGUGAAGCACUUCGGGAAGCAGCACCUGUUCGACGGCAGCGAGGAGACCUGCUGGAACUCGGACCAGGGCGCGUCCCAGUGGGUCACCCUGGAUUUCCCCCGCCCUGUCAAGGUCUCCCAGCUGCACAUCCAGUUCCAGGGGGGCUUUUCCAGCCGGCUGUGCACGCUGGAAGGCUGCAGAACGGGCGAGGAGCUGGUGAAAAUAUCCGAGCUGUACCCCCAGGACAGCCACGCCAUGCAGAGGUUCCAGGUGGAGCAGACGGUGCUGGACAGGCUGAAGAUCACCUUUGGCAGCAGCACGGAUUUCUUCGGCAGGGUGGUGGUUUAUCACCUGGGCGUGCUGGGGGAGAGGCUCUAGGGGGGCCCAUGGGUUUGUCCCCUCUCUGGGGGCUCUGAAAACCCCGCGAGGGGGAUCCCUGUCCCCUGAGGCGAGGCUGUGGUGGGGCACGGGCGUGGAAUGGGAUCAAUAAACGAUAUUCCUGCUUUUUCCUGGAA